AUGAGGAAGACCAGGCCCUUCAAGGACGAGUUCACAUUUGGUUCGCCCGUUGUCUCACCCCCCAGCCCCCCUUUCGUCGACCGUCGCCCAUUCUGCUCUACUCUGAUUUCUUGGUUUGAUGGAUUUUUUCAGAGGAGAGACUGCAGGAGUCGAAGGACAUCAUCUCCAAAUAUCCAAAUCGGGUCCCGGUGAGGAGCGCUGUUGCCAUAAUAUCUGUCUUCAAUUUUCAUAUUCCUUUUCUUUUUCUCAGUAGGUAUCCUGCUAGGUGUUUGAUCGGUUGGUGGGAGGGCUGACUUUUCGUGGGAUUUUAUGGGAUCCGAUGUGUUCGGGUGCGUAGAAGGCCUGUUCAUCUCAGAAGCCUUACCUUAGGGAUCAGAAUCUGUCGACUGUUUAUUGGUCUCUUAUUGGACUUCGAUUUUAGGGUGCAUGACAGGGAUAAAUAAUAAGAUUUCGGGUGUUUUAUUGAAUUUAAUUUUCCUAUUUUCUUGGCCUAGAGAAGGAAAGUAUUUUAUCCCAAUCGGAGAGGAACUCAGACUCAUGACUGCCAAGGCAUAGAAGAAAUUGAAGAAAGAAAAGUAGAGACAUCUUUUCUUUCGUAAAAUGGAAAAAUUACAACUCAAAGGUUCCGGAAGCCCCCUUUUAUUCCAUUGAAAACUCUGUUUCAGAUAAUUCGAACUGUAGAAAGUCUCAGCUUUUUUAAACGAGGGGAUAUACAUUCUUUGGCUCUUGGGGUAGACCUACCCCUCAAACCUUGAAUGUGUGUCCAACACCUCAGUAUUAAUAUUACGCUGAUAAACAUAUAGUUAGUUCAAUCUCUUUUUAAUCUAAAGAAUAUCAGAUACAUAGCACCUUAUCAGCCUUCUUCUCUGCCUCAUUGAAAACUGAAAGAGAAGGUUGAUUUGUCAUUUUAUCCAUGAAAUGCUUGCGACUUCUUUCUAGUCGUUUAAAGUCGUUUGUAAUUACUUAGUUGAAUGUUUGCUUUCCUUGGCAAUUCGGAGUCGGACGUUGCUAUAAUCUAAGAAUCAAACCAUUGAUAGGGACUUGAUGGUUUUGGUUUAGAUCAAAUUUCCAAACAUGAAAGGAAGCCAAUUAUUUGGGUGGUCUUCUGGAUAAGGGGGCCCUAUUUCAAAAACUUUAUCUGCCACUUAUAUAGUUUUAGGCUUAUUCUUUUUUCUUUAUUGUAUUCUAUUAUUUUGGUUCCAUCAUAUCUACCAUUUUUCUUGUAUCGAUUAUUUUUUAAAUUAGAUUUAGGGUCAAGAGGGGAAAGAACCAACCCAAUGAAAAUCAUAGGGAUUUCAGAGUGUGAUGGAUGUUGACUCCCAUUUAUGACCAGACGAUGGAUUACAAUCUUACAAGACCUAGAACAACAGAGGGUGUCUUAUUCGGUUGAAUACCUGUAAUCCUAUCUUCAAAUAUUUGCAUGUAAUUGCAACAUAUGUUUGGUUCAUUGUCGCACAGAAGCACAGGUUCUAGUUGAUGAUGAUCCUUGAAACAAUAUAAAUAUUUCAAAAUCUAUUUCGUCUUAACUGAUAACUGCAUACCUUUUUGCUGUGCUAACCAAAUAUAUCAAUUUGCAGGUUGUUGUGGAAAGAUUUUCAAGGACUGACCUCCCUGAGUUGGAGAAGAAAAAGUGAUGUUCCUUCUUACUCAUCCUUGGAAAAGAUAAUUUUCCCUUUCUUUCGGAUGAAAAUAAUUCUCUUCUCACUAGAGUUUCCUAUGUGCUAAAAAAAACUUGCUGUCAGGUCUCAUCACUCCCUCUCUGUUACAUAAUAAGUCGCUAUCACUUGCCUACUUGCCUUUUAAUGCUUUGAUCAUACAUACUUUAUGCCCACAAAAUUUUAGGCCUUGGUCAUACGCAUUUGAUGUCGAUCCCACGACUUUAGGCGGUCAUCACCAGUUGCCUCAUGGUUAAUCCCAAAGUAAAACACGGCAGUCAAUCUUUCAGCUCAUCACCUUACAAAUCGCUUUCCCUUAUCUUGUUCCCAGGUACCUGGUUCCCCGGGAGAUGACUGUUGGGCAGUUCAUCCGCAUCCUCAGCAGCAGGCUCCACCUCCCUCCCGGCAAGGCCCUCUUUGUCUUCAUCAAGGAUACCCUCCCCCCAACUUGUGAGUACUUGCGCUAAUCCAUCUUCAGCAGGGUCUGUCAGUGCCUAUCUCACCGGGGCUGCCUGUCAUGCAGCGAGCCAAAUGGACUCCGUCUAUGAGUCCUGCCGGGAUGGUGACGGCUUCUUGUACAUGUGUUACAGCAGCGAGAAGACCUUUGGGUGA